CGUCGCGCCGUCUGGCUUGCAGCCGUUUGGAUUUGAACUAUUUGAACGGUUUGAGCGGGAGAGGAAAGAGCUCCUGUGACGGGGGAGCCAUAGUUAUAGAAUAACAACACCGGGGACACGGAAACUCGGGAGACCGGGACCCGGACAGGUAGCAACAUGAAUGAGUCAGAAAGCCUUUCCAAUCUUCUGCAAGUAUGUGCCCGCAAAACAGAAGAUUUUGUGCGGCAUCUGGACAGCAAGCACAUGGUAUGGCUGAUGGAGAUAGAGGAGGCAGCCAGGAAGAUGUUCAGCAAUGACUUCACUGCUGAGCCAGAACUGAUGCCAAAGACACCGUCUCAGAAGAGACGCAGAAAGAAAAGAAUCUCUAUUGUGCCAGAUGAAAAUAGGGACCCGAGUGGGCGCAGGAUUUCCAGGAGACUAAGUAGUGUCAGCUGGAGCUCAUCUGUGCGCAGGCUCUCCGCCAAACAAAUUAGUAAGCCACUUAAUGAAUCUAUUCAGGAAGAUGCUGACCAGCCCAAGAGAAUGACACGGGCACGUAAACAAGCCAGCACAGCAUGCAUGCCAGUAUUGGAGAAACCACUGCAAGAUCUUGCUAAUGCAUCCAAUGAUCGCAUGUUGCAGGUGAAGAUCAGUGCUGACGAACGGCGUAGUGCAGAACUGCGCUGCGAAGAGAUGAUUGCAUUAGGCUCAGUGAAAAAAGAGAAUCCAGAAACUAUUGUGCCAGAGUCUCCUCCUUCAGUGACCGUUGCACAACCCCUCGAUCCUGUCACCCCUGAAAAAAAUGGCCGCACAGCAGCUAAGUUAAAGAUUGCGGACAGCUCCACGCCUAAGGUUGCUUCUAAAGAAAUGAUAGAUUUGACAAGUGAAACGCCCCAGCGUGUUGAUGAAGCCCCUAAAACACUGUCAUUAGACUUGUCAAGUCACAGCACAACACCUACGGGCUCGAAGUCAGACCGACGCUCAGUACGUCGCAGCAUUGUGGGUCGCAAGUCUAUCAGCAUUCGUCCUUCCUUGGCUAACCAAUACUCCCUAUCCAAGAAGCGUGAAACCAUGACUCGAGAAGCUGUUCGGCAAUCCAUUCGUCGCUCAAUCUCGAAAAAGAGAGCUACAGAGAAUUCUGCUUCUAGCUACAAAAGUUACCACAGCUCCGUUGAAUUAGUGGAUGAAGAGGUCACUGUUCAAGUUAGGGCCGAAGCUGCUGAAACUGCAGAACCUGCUGAGGAGGCUCCUACUGCUGAGAGUUCCAGGCCUUCUCUUCGUGUGCGCACUUGUAAAAAAAUUCCUAUUAGCAACCCAGCAGACUCUGAUGAGCCACAGAGGAUGACGACACGACAGUCAUCGACAUCAAAUGGUGAAACCUGUCAAGAGACAACUGAUGAUCAAACAAGAAGGAGGAAGAGUUACAAGCGAGCAGUAGAUGAACUGUCUGAUGAUGACCAGCCAGAUGAUGAGCAAAUACACUCUCCUCCACGGAAGAAGACUCUCUCUCCACCUUGUCCUCCCAGCAAAGUUGUAAAGCCACUUCCUCAUAUGAAAACUUUCCUGCAUACCGUGCAGAAAAAUCAACUGCUGAUGAUGACGCCAGGAUCUAUCAGCAAAACUCUAAUGAUGAAAUCUUUUAUAAAGCGCAAUACGCCCCUGAAGGCAGACCCCAAGUCAGAAGAAAAGGAGCGUCAGCGUUUAGAAACCUUGCGCAAAAAAGAGGAAACUGAACUUCAGCGAAAGCAAAAAAUAGAGGAGGGCAAGAAACGCAAGCAGGAGGAACUAAAACUGAGAAGGGAAGAACGUUUGCGCAAGGUUCUGCAGGCACGUGAGAGAGUGGAGCAAUUGGAAGAAGAGAAAAAGAAGAAAAUAGAACAGAAAUUUGCGCACAUAGAUGAGAAAAGUGAAAAAGUUCGGGAAGACCGUAUGGCUGAAGAAAAGGCCAAAAAGAAAAUCACAGCAAAAAAACAGGAGGAUCUAGAAAGCAGAAGGCGACAGGAAGAGGAAGCACGCAAACUUAAAACAAAACAACUGGAUGAGGAAGAGCGCCGGCACCAGGAGCUCCUCCAAAAGAAGCGAGAGGAGGAAGAGCAAGAGAGGCACAAAAAGCUUGCAGAGGCAAAGAAAUUGGCAGAAAUACGUCAGGGAGAACAAGAACGAGAGAAGCAACGACAGCUGCAGGCUGCAGCUGAAAGAGAGCAAGAGCGUCUUCGAGCAGAACGGGAAAGGGAGCGACUGGAUCGUGAACGGGCUCUUCAGCUACAAAAAGAUCUCGAAAGGGCAGCACUGGAGAGGGAGCAACAGCGCAAGGAGUCUGAAGAACGCAAGAAGAGAGAGCAACAGGAAAGGAUAGAACAGGAGAGGUUACGUAAAGAAAUGGAGGCAAAGAGGCGCCAAGAACUGGAGGCACAGAGGCUACGUGAGGAGCAGGAGAGAAUCGCUAAGGAGCAGACAUUGGCCGCCAACACUCCAGUGCUAAAUGUCACUGUAAACAUGGAGAACUCUCCCUCUUGUGAAUCCUAUGACAUGACGCCUAAAGGAUACAAACCCCACCCACCUAAAUAUAAUCCAGAUGAUUAUGGCAUGGACUUAAACAGUGGUGACUCCACAGAUGAUGACAGCAAGCCUCGCAAGCCUGUCCCAGCUUGGGCAUGUGGAAGCGAGUUUGCUCAAGCAGUGCACCAACAGUACUAUCGCCCCAUAAAUCUCGACAGAACAUUUGGCACAAUUGACAGCCCAAAACUGGAGGACUUGUUUUAUAAGAAAAAGCCCCGCUACUACAAGCGCACUAGCUCUGCAGUAUGGCACUCUCCACCACUAAACAGCAACAGGCAGCAUCUUGCUGUGGGCUACAGUCUAAAGAAAUUCUAAGCAAUAGCACUUCGCAGCCCAUAUCCCAGACUACUGCACGUUGCUCCAUGCCUGUCCUGUUUUAUCUGUAAUAUUUUUAAACUGGUUAUCUUAUAUAUUUGUAUGGUAGGGAUGUCUUGUUAUAAAAAUAAAGAUUCUUUAAAGAUUUAGUUCAUUUUCUGCAUUGUUUAACUGCAGGGUGUUUGAAAUGUUCUUGUGCAUGUAAGGUAAGUUUAGAGAAGAGAUGGUAUGAUUUGAAAGGUAUUGUCUCGGUAGAAAUGUUAUUACUGAGGUAGCUAUUGCAUUGGUGAUUUUAUUUGUGUCAAUGCUUAUGACCAUCUAAAAACAAUUGGCUGGUCCAGUCCAUUGAAGUGCGAGUUUGUGUAAUUCCAUAUUCUGUAUGUGUUUUUUUGUUUUUUUUCUUUUAACUGAAAUAUAUGGAUUAUUGUA